UUGCCCCCACGCCAACAACUCCACGCAGGAGUGAGUUUUGUCAGUUCAAUAACUCAAAGUUCCAGUUUUUGUAGGUCAAGGUGAGAGAGAAUAUGCUUCUAGUCAACAUUUCGAGCACCGAGUUCUACGGCGCUGAGUAACCCAUUCCAUACUCCCAAAGAAAGCUCAAUCGAUCAUUGAACAACCCACCCAUUUCAUAUUCCCAAAGAAAGCUCAAUCGAUCAUUGAACAAAAGGUACAACCCAUGCGGGUGGGUUGGUGGAGAAUACCGACACGGGUGAUUAGUAGAGAAUAUCUACGUCUCUCUAAGGAGAAGAAAAAUCAUGAUGCCUUCAGAAAUCGUUGCGGAUGUACUAUCGCGCUUACCAGUGAAAUCCCUUUUGAGAUUCAGGUGUGUAUGUAGAUUAUGGUGUUCUAUUAUAGACAGCCAAGUUUUCGUCAAAAUGCAUUUGCAUCAAUCCAUCACAACAAACUCAAAUCACAGCCUGAUUCUCGGAGGCUUGGGACUUUAUUCUGUAGCUUUGGAUUCACUCGACAAAGCCCAUGUCUUGAAAACCCCAUUUUAUUACAAGAGUGUUGAUGACAUAUCCAACUCUUGCAAUGGGUUAAUUCUUGUAAUGAGUGAGCCUCUUAUUUUGUGGAACCCUUUUUCCACAAAAUACCGGAUUUUACCUGACAACCCGAUCAAGUAUCCAACUCCUCUGUCGUGUUUUUCGAAGGUUAUAUAUGGAUUAGCUUAUGAUUCGAGAAAAGAUGAUUAUAAAGUUGUUCAGGUUGUUGAAUUUAGGAACAAAACUAGCCAUAUCUGGGAAUGCUCUGAGGCUGAGAUUUAUAGCAUGAAAUCGAAUUCCUGGAACAGGAUUGAGGGUUUUUCUUAUCCACUACCCAUUUUGAAGGGAAAAUGGGGGAUACACGUCAAUGGGGCACUGCAUACACUUGUGGAGGAUUAUUUCCACAUAUAUUCGGACAAAUCAAUUAGAAUUAUGUCUUUUAGUGUUGAGAGUGAGAACCACUACGAGGUGAUGUUGCCACCAAAUUUUCGGAUCAAGAAUGUGAAAUUGAAGUUGGAUGUGCUGGGAGGAUGUCUUUGUUUAGUUUGCACUAGCAAGUUUGGUGCUAGUAUAUGGGUGAUGAAGGAAUAUGGAGUUGAGGAAUCUUGGACUAAAUUGAUAUCAAUUGAUUCUUCAACUAUUGACCCAGAUGGCAUUUUGCGUCCUUUAGCUUAUUUGAAGCCAUUGGCUUAUUCGAAAAACUGCGAAAAUGUUCUUUUAGCUUAUGAUGACAAAAGGCUUGUUUGGUACAAUUUUAUAAGAAAAACUAUCAAGAAUGUAUCUGUUCGUGGGUUGCCUUUUUUGUUUUUUCCUGAGGCUUGUGUUGAAAGCCUUAUUUCUCCUUGUGGCCCGGUCUGGAGAGAGGGUGACGAGGUCAAGAAAAGUGCACAAGACAAAAGGAAGGAAAAGAAUAAUAAGAAGAACAGGUAAAGCAACUCUAUAUCUUAGUAUUGACUUGCACUAGUCAAUUUAUUUUAAAUGGCUUUUUUUAUCUUAUCUAUUGUUUACUUGUACUUGGUUUCUGGAGUCAAUUGCAUGUUAUUUAAGUUGUUUGGAGUCUCUUUAAUGUAAAUGUUAAAAUGCCAUUGAUAUAUGUAAAAUUUGUUGAUUAGUGUAAAUUGGACGAUUAAAACA